UAGGACCUGUGGGAGUGGUGAAGGCAGGGGACUCCUUUCCUGGUAGCAAGGUCAGUGUCUUCCUCACCUUACCAGAAGAUGCCCACUGCCAGCAAGAAGCAGCUCGCACUGAGUGUGACCCUGGCCUGUACCAUUGCUAACACUGACUGUGUAGGUGUCCCAAGAUUCGAGUCAGCUCUGACGCUGGCCCAUGAAUGGAAUCCCACAGGUUAAGUGUCACUCAUGAAAAACUGUCCUCAUCUCGGAUGCAGUGGCAAGGAGCAGGUCUCCAGGGACCCCCACCUCUGCUGGAGAGGCAGCACCUGGUGAUUGCUGGUUUGUUGUAAAGCACACUGCAAAGGCUGCCAGAACAGCCAGGGGGAGAGGUGCGCCAAGCGAGGGCUGCAGGGUCUCCGGGCGCAGUGCUCACCAGCCCGUGAACUCUACACAGCCCUGGCUUUAGGGUUUUGCAGAGGCCUCAUCAUGCAGACACCGCCGACUGUGGGCUCAGUCUCCAGCCUCAUCCCCCUCUGGAAGAUGGGGAGGAAAUUACAAGGGUUUGAGCUCUGUGUGAGGAACUGGGGCAGAGACCAGAUAGAGGUUGCUCAUCCUAUCAGGACGACAGCUGCCACUGCCGCUCUGGGUCUAUGUGACUCGGCCCAGCUCGUCCUCACCCACCUUCCAAGUGAGGAGACUGAGGCAGCAGGGGCCGGGAUGCCUGUGAGGCACUUCUCAGCAAGCUCUUGGACCAUGUUGGAGGGAGCGAUGGGGGCUCUGUCUACACAGGCUAGCCUCAAGCCCCAUAGACUCCUUCCACAGAAGGCCCUACUCAGGCCACUCUCCACGGGCUGCGCAGACUUCACCAAGCAUCAGGAGCCCCGUGGAAAGAAGCCGCUGUCUGAGAAGAAACUGAAAAAGCAUUUUGUGGACCAUCGCAGAGUGAUUGUCCGUGGAGGAGGUGGAGGCUCCGGCAUGAGCUGCUUCCACAGUGAGCCCCGGAAGGAGUUCGGAGGCCCCGAUGGUGGGGAUGGUGGCAGUGGCGGCCACGUCAUCCUGAAGGUUGACCCUCAAGUCAAGUCCCUGUCGUCAGUCCUGUCCCAGUAUCAGGGCUUCAGUGGAGAAGAUGGCGGCAGCAAAAACUGCUCCGGACGAGGUGGCGCUGUCCUCUACAUCCAGGUCCCCGCGGGCACCCUGGUGAAGGAGGGAGGUGAAAUCGUGGCUGACCUGAGCUGCCCCGGCGAUGAGUACAUUGCCGCGCUGGGGGGCGCAGGCGGGAAAGGCAACCGCUUUUUCCUGGCCAACGACAACCGCGCCCCGGUGACCUGCAGUCCUGGAGAGCCGGGUCAGGAGCGUGUUCUCCACCUGGAGCUCAAGACGGUGGCCCACGCCGGGAUGGUCGGGUUCCCCAAUGCUGGGAAGUCCUCACUCCUGCGAGCCAUUUCAAAUGCCAAGCCCGCUGUGGCAUCCUACCCGUUCACCACCCUGAAUCCCCACGUGGGGAUUGUGCACUAUGCCGGCCACCAGCAGGUAGCAGUGGCAGAUAUCCCAGGGAUCAUCCGAGGCGCCCACCAGAACAGGGGCCUGGGGCUCAGCUUCCUCAGGCACAUCGAGCGCUGCCGCUUCCUCUUGUUUGUGGUGGACCUUUCCCUGCCAGAGCCGUGGACCCAGUUUGAGCACUUAAAAUACGAACUGGAGAAGUAUGAAGAAGGCCUGUCUGAGAAACCCCACACAAUCGUUGCAAAUAAGAUUGAUCUGCCACAGGCCAGAGCCAUUCUGCCCCGGCUCCGGGCCCAGCUGGGACAGGAGGUCAUCGCCCUGUCGGCGCUGACUGGGGAGAACCUGGAGCAGCUGCUGCUCCACCUGAAGGUUCUCUAUGAUGCCUACGUGGAGGCCGAGCUGGGCCAGGGCCGCCAGCCGCUCAGGUGGUAGCGUGGCACCGCAGCAGGUGCUGCACAGGCAAACCAGGCUGUAAAACACGGGUGGCUCUGAAUGCGUAAGAGAGUAUGUGUGUCAUUGUUUCAGAGUUGGUGCUUCUGUCUUCCCUGCCAGCUCGGGGUUCCUCUACUAAGGUUCCCCUCGGCCUAGGUGUCCCGCCCGCCGCCCGCCUGCUCCCCAGAGCUUUGUGCAGCCAUCAGCCUCGCCUACUGAUGUGCCGGAGUUGGCUCACUUGUGCUAAUUAACACCCCUAAUUAGGAGGAGGACUGCACUGCUGGCUCCUGCUGCAUGCUGCCGCCGCACGCUUGCUGCUGGGGAGCUCUGCAGAGCAACACGGCCAGCACCCAGCUUCCCACGCACAGUGGUACAGUAACAAGGACAGCCCUCUGGGGUCCACAGGGGCUCCGUCUGCCUGGGCUCUGAUCGCACCACAGUGGAGCAGUGGUGCUCGCUGCUGCCAGCCAUCCGAGGGGAGCGGUGUGGGCCAGCUCCUUCCCUGUCACUCUGGGAACGCCACACUCCGCUCUGUGGGAGCCGAAUGCCAAGGCAGACUCGGCUUCACGACUGAAUGCACCCAAUAUCCGACCCAAGUAUGCGCGGGUUCUGGCUCGACUUCAGAAUGCACAAGCAAGUUGUUAACUAAAGGUGAAGCGAGCUGUGAAUUGCCAGCAUUGUUCCCAAUGGGUGGCCGCAGCCCAGCAGGGUGUCCCAAGAGUAUGGCGGGAGACUUGUCCCUGGUGGGCUGGGCUGAACUUCUCAGCUCUGCUUAUUAGGAGUCCUUGCCCUAGGCCAAGUGGUCCCCAAGAUGCAGCUGGGACCAAUGGCAGCCAUCUUCAGCUCAGACCGCAGCCAAGAGAGCCAUGGUUGCUGCUGUAGGUGCUGUGACCUGGAAAGAGACUUCCUUCCAUGGUGAGGCCACAUCUUUGCCCAAGGCCCCUCACCAACUGGACUUCCUGCCCUGUUCCUGAGUGCCCUUCCUAAACGAAAUGGUGGGGACAGAAGAAAGCAGAGGAGGUGGCCUUCAGCCCUUUGGAGAAGACCGCAGCCACAGGUUGUCCACAGGGGUCCCAGACAGGUGACACUGCUGGGCACAGCUAAGGCAGAUGUCCUUCCUGUAUGUUGGGGUUCAGCUACCUCAAAUAAUAAGCCAGUGCUUCAGCUUUCAGGAGCAAUUCGGUUUUGAUCUAACAUCAAAUCUGCAACCAGAACACGAGGUCCUUUCACCGGAGGCUUUAUUUUAAUGUCUUAUAAUUUCAAAGGUCCUCGUGUCCUAGAAGCCAGGAUGGGUCUUGCAUCUAUUUGCUUUCUCUUUCAGGUCACCAUAAAGGGUUUUGUAGAGGCAGGCCAGGCCUGAGAGCAUUAAUUACCCAUGGCUUUCAUCUUGUGCUGGACCCUGUGCACUCGGGGAGGGGAGGUCUGGCCCAGGCUCACUCUGGAGUGGAGGUUGUGUCCUGGGCCCGCGGCUGUCCUGCUGGGACUUCAUCGUGAGACACUACAGGUGUUGCGCAGGCGUCCCUGAUAGCAGAAAGCCCCAGGGCUCCCCACCGCUGCGAGUCCAGAGCUGUGUGGUUGUUCUCUCCCUGGUGCUCUGGCCUGGAGGAAGCCAAAGCUAGACUGCGUCUCCCCACAAAGUUAACUGCUUCCGUCUUGUUUUUAGAUUGAGCUAUAGCUCAUCCACCGUAGUUACUCUGAAGGGUACACUCGAGGGCAUGGCAGUAGGCUGACAGUUGUACCACUAUAUCACUUACAGAACGUUUCAUUCCCCUGAAGAAACCUGUCCCCAUGCCCCCUCGUCCCAGACUCCAUAGCCCAUUUGCCACCCCUCCAGGCUCUUCCUGCAGUGACUGUCCGUGCUGAGGCCUCAGGUGCACACCCUGCCAUUCUUAAGGUCACUGCCGCCCUCCCAGGUCAGAAGAGAGCCACAGGUGCACACUUGGGGGCUGAGGUUGUGUUCUGGUGCUGCUGUGCCCCAAAAGUCUCGGAGGACCCGACCCCAAGACGGUGCCCACAGAUACUGUGAAGUGAGCAGGUAAACUGACUCGACGCGUGUAGGUGAGUGGUGCCCUCACAUGACCCGGGCCAUUUCCACAAGGCUAUCCUGCUUCUGGAGCCGUCGGCUUCCACGGCCUCUUGGGGGCAUUGCUGGUGCUCUGGUGACUGCUACGCAGAGCCCCCAGGGCUGAGGGUCUUGCCCGGAGCGGGUGUCUGCUCAGUUGUCUCCCAGUUUCCGCUGUGCUUCUGGCUCUCUGUUUUCUGACUCCUGUCCCCGCUGGAGCCAUUUCCCAAGUGCACAGCUGCGCCCCUUCUCCCUGUGUCCUCACAGGCCUGCCUUGCUACAGAGCUGGCGCUGGCCAGAUGCCCUCCUGGGUGUAUGCUUGGCCGUGGGCUCUGGCUGACCCAUGCUGGGCUCCCGACUCUCAGAACCAUCACCCUCUGCAGGGCCCAUGUGGUCUGGCUACUCCCUGACCUUUGUGGGGCCUAAGAUUCGGGGUGGAAAAGGUCCCUCAGCGACCUGAUUUCCAGCCCCAUGCUCCGCCCUUUGGCCUGGUGCCCUCAUUCCCCAGCUCUGCAUCCACUUGCUCCAGAGGCCAAGCCUCCAGCUCCCAUCGGGCCUCAGCUUUCUCCCAGCCACCAUCCCGGCCUGUCUUCCACCUCCGUGUCUGUGUGUAAAGGUUCUCUCCUACCGAACUCCUUUCUUUCCCCCUUAGCCAAUACAAGCCUUGUGGGCGGCUGGUCAUCCUGAUGACAGAUAGCCGCUGUUCUCAGCUGCCCAUGGAAAGGUCCGCCUCCCACCCUCCCGGUGGGCUGUCCUGGCCCAGCUGGCCAUCUAGACUUUAGGGCCUCUCAGCACCUACUGCUUUCCUGGCUUUCGGCGUCUAGCACAUGGCCCCACCGCUGGACUGGCUGAGGCAGAAACACCCAAGAUCUCGAGGUGCAAAGACAACACCCAGCACAAAACCACAGAAACAUUCUCCAGGUUUGGAGCUUGGGAGGCUGGAAUGGGGUGUCCCAGCAGCACGCUCCCCUCAAGGCUCUGGGGAAAGGGCCCGCCUGCCUCCUCCAGCUUCCAGUGGCUCCUAGUGUCCUUUGACUUGUGUCCACCUCACCCCUGCACCCAUCUUCACUGGCCUCCGCGUGUCCCUCUGUCCUGAAGGAUGCCACCAGCCCUUGGACUGAGGCCCACCUUAGGACUUAGGGUCAUAUGGCCUCCUAAACUGACAAGGUUGAACCCCAAAGCUCUGUAUGAGUGAGUCCGGGGCCUUACUCAGCCCAGGAUGCCAUCCUAUCUGAGCUGGACACUGCAUGUACUUUGUAAAGUGCCUGACGCCCGGGGAUAGUGGCCCUACACCCGCGCGUCCUCCCUGGCCUCGACGCACCAUCUCCACCUCAGAACCAGCCGCAACUUGAUCCCAUCCUGAUGAUCUCAGUGGCCAUCCACAGGUCCUCUCUGCCUCCUCUCAGGACAGGGCCAAGCACUCAAGGCACUGUCUUGCCCAGUGCUGCUGCCCUGCUGCUGGUCCCUGGUCACACUGAGGAUGAGGAUGUCCCAGGCCACAGCAUCUCCCUGUUAAUUCCUCGACUCGCAGUGAAAUACCAACACCCUGGUAGGCUGAGGCAGGAGGAGUCCCAAGUUCAAGCCCAGACUGGGCAGCUUAGCGAUUUAAC